CUCUGAGUUUCUCUUACUGUCUGCUUCACUUUGACAGGCUCCUCCUUCAGCCACAGCCAAUACCUGUCCGGCGCCGCCCUCACCAGACUCUACGACUCCCCCGUGUACAAGGCUGAGAAGAUGACGAGGCCGCUGGGAGGCUUGGACCCGCCCGAUAGGAGUCCUGAGCCACUCUGGAGUCCGACGGUGGUGACCAGCGCUCGCCACAUGGGGCCGCUGUGGAAGGUUGUUCAAAGGAAAAAUUUUGCUGGCCGAAAGAUAGUUGGUGACUUUGUGCAGGCCGGAGGCUCCAAUUACAAUGUGCUGUUUGAUAACUGCCACCAGGGGGCCAAUCGCAUGAUGAGCCAGUGAUGGCAAAGACGCGGCGUCCUCGUCAAAUACCACAAACGCAAUAUGAAUGUUUCUGCAAAAGAACAUCAAACUAAACCACAGAGGAAGGUUUUUAGGAAUGACGUGAAAUCAUCUAAAUCAGAGCUCGGAGAAAUAAACAGUCACACUACAUGAGACAACGUCCAGACAUCAUCCAG